AUGAUUGACAUUGAAGUUAAACCGCGGUCGAGAGGCUUCAAGCCGGUGUCUCUCUCCGAGUCCCCUGACGCUCGUGUGGAGAAGGUGGUGGCGGACCUUGCCAAUCGCUACAAUUGCUCUGUACACAGAUUGAGAGUCACUGUUAUCGAUGACAAAACCAAGAAGCACGUUCCCCUUGACCAGUCGAAGACGUUGGUGGCCAAUGGUGUCACCGGUGACAGUGCUGUCAUUUAUGUCAAGGACCUUGGCCCCCAAAUCUCGUGGAGAACUGUGUUCGUCAUUGAAUACUUGGGCCCUCUUCUCAUUCACCCCAUUGUUUGGUUCGCGUAUGAACACUUUUACCCUGGCAUUAGCAGAACCUUGGUGCAAACUUUGGCGUUCUACAUGGUUCAAUUCCAUUUCUUCAAGCGUGAGUUUGAAACUUUAUUUGUCCACAAGUUCCUGAAUGCCACGAUGCCCGCAUUCAACAUUUUCAAGAACUCUGCUCACUACUGGGUUUUGUCAGGUAUCAAUUUAUCGGUGUUCAUCUACGGUCCUCAAGUGCACACGACUAAGCUUAGUGAUUACGUCUACCAUGUGCUGAACCACGCAACCCCCGUUAUCGGAAUUUUGGUUGGGGUUUGGUUUUUCGCUGAAAUCUCUAACUUCGUCACCCACAUCAUUUUGGCUCAAUUACGGGUGAACGACACUAAGCGGUAUGUCAUUCCUUACGGCUAUGGUUUCAACUGGGUUUCCUGCCCCAACUACUUCUUUGAAUCGUUGGCGUGGUUCGCGUACGCUCUCCUUGUAGGAAACUGGUCGGCGUGGUUGUUCUUCGUUGUUGCCACUGCUCAGAUGUGGGUAUGGGCUGUCAAGAAGCACAAGCGGUACUUGAAAACCUUCGGUGACGAAUACAAGAAGUUGAGAAGAAAGAUUUACGUUCCGUUUGUUAUUUAA